GAUUCGCUUCAUAGUCAAAAAUCUCGAUAUGGAUGUACUGGCCGCUUACGAAUCCGACAGCGGCCAAAGUUCUGACUUGUUCGAGAGCGAAGCGGUAGCCCCCCAACCCUCGACGGCCUCAGGAAGCGGUAUUGGGCAUAAAGCGGGCCCAAAGGGGGUCGUGGAUCCAUUGAAAGGCUCUACGCGCAGUGAAACUUUUUCGUCGUCUACGAACAUUGAGAAUCGAAAAGUCGGUGAUAACCCGUCGAUCGUAUGUUGGAACAAAAACUACAUUGCCGAAAGGCGCGAAGGCUGGGAACGUAAUAGAUCAAUUCAAUCAGAUAGUUUUGUGAAAGUCGCGGAGGCGAUUGGAGAGACUUCCAGUUGGGUGGAGAAUUUGAAACAGCAAAACGAUUUUUACAACCCACACUUUUUUGAUACAGUCGUUGACCGAUAUCAAAUCAAGCAUACCUUUGGGACGAAUUUACCGUCCCCGUCUACGUUCGGCAGCUGGGAGUCCAAUGUGUUUCAUCUGGAGGAGCAGGCACGUCUUCGAGAACAGCAAGAGCGGCUUAAUCAUUGCGUUCCUAAGAAUUAUGCAUGCCACACGUUUGUUGCGAAAGGUCCUUCAUCAGUACUAGCCGCCAAAGCUCAAAGUUCGCUUGUGUCUAUCCAAUUGCAGGAGCACUGCUGCAUCUUGGGACCAGAACAUGAAUUGGCAUACCGUAAUGCCUUUUGGGUUGGCGCUGUGCCCUAG